GUUUUGGGAUUAAACACGUCAUCUCCCGGUCAACCGAGGCGCUGAACCCGAGCUGUUUAGUCAUACAGGGUGUGUCUCUGUUCACUCGCAGCGGACUCGUUUUUCCACUCUUUCUACCGGUUCCUCUCUCUUUCUCGCCCUCUCUUUACUGCGAGCUCCGGUGCAGACCUCCUCCGACAGAACGAUCUUUCUUCGAAUCAAACCAACUAUCAGCUAUCUAUCAGAAUGGCUGGUCGAGGCAGUGUGAGAGCCAGUGGAAACUUCAACGCCAACCAAGAUGCAGAGAUACUCUACAAGGCCAUGAAGGGACUGGGAACCGAUGAGGAUUCCAUCAUGAAGUUGUUGACGUCUCGUAGCAACAGCCAGAGACAGCAGAUCAAAGCUGCAUACAAGACCCUGCAUGGCAAGGACCUGGUAGGUGAUCUGCAGGGUGAACUGGGGGGAACGUUUGAGACUCUGGUAGUGGCUCUAAUGACUCCGCCCAUCCUCUACGAUGUGACAUCACUACGGAAUGCCAUCAAGGGGGCGGGGACCGAUGAGAAGGUGCUGAUUGAGAUCCUGUCUUCUAGAACGGCCCAGCAGAUUAAGGACAUCACUGCUGCCUAUCGCCAGGAGUUUGAUGCAGAACUAGAGGAGGAUGUAACAGGAGACACGUCAGGUCACUUCAGGAGACUGCUGGUCAUCCUGCUACAGGCCAGCAGACAGCAGGGGGUACAGGAGGGGAACAUAGAGGCUGACGCACAGACUUUGUUCUCUGCAGGAGAGAAGAAUUAUGGGACCGACGAAGACCAGUUCAUCACCAUCCUGGGGAACAGGAGCACUGAACACCUGAGGAGAGUGUUUGCUGCAUACAUGAAGCUGGCAGGGUACGAGAUGGAAGAGAGUAUUCAGAGAGAGACUUCUGGAGGACUGAGAGACCUGCUACUGGCCGUGGUAAAGUGUGCUCGGAGCGUCCAGCCUACUUUGCAGAGACUCUGUACUAUUCGAUGUCGGGCGGUGGUGGUGGAACUGGAACGACGACCAGACCUUAAUCAGAGUGAUGCUCUGUUGCAGACUCGAUCUCCGACACCUCCUCCUCCUAAUCAAACCAACGGUCACCAAUCUACCACAAUGGCUGGUCGAGGCAGUGUGAGAGCCAGUGGAAACUUCAACGCCAACCAAGAUGCAGAGAUACUCUACAAGGCCAUGAAGGGACUGGGAACCGAUGAGGAUUCCAUCAUGAAGUUGUUGACGUCUCGUAGCAACAGCCAGAGACAGCAGAUCAAAGCUGCAUACAAGACCCUUCAUGGCAAGGACCUGGUAGGUGAUCUGAAGGGUGAACUGGGGGGAAAGUUUGAGACUCUGGUAGUGGCUCUAAUGACUCCGCCCAUCCUCUACGAUGUGACAUCACUACGGAACGCCAUCAAGGGGGCGGGGACCGAUGAGAAGGUGCUGAUUGAGAUCCUGUCUUCUAGAACGGCCCAGCAGAUUAAGGACAUCACUGCUGCCUAUCGCCAGGAGUUUAAUAAGAACCUGGAGGAGGAUGUAACAGGAGACACGUCAGGUCACUUCAGGAGACUGCUGGUCAUCCUGCUACAGGCCAGCAGACAGCAGGGGGUACAGGAGGGGAACAUAGAGGCUGACGCACAGACUUUGUUCUCUGCAGGAGAGAAGAAGUUUGGGACCGAUGAAGAACAGUUCAUCACCAUCCUGGGGAACAGGAGCACUGAACACCUGAGGAGAGUGUUUGCUGCGUACAUGAAGCUGGCAGGGUACGAGAUGGAAGAGAGUAUUCAGAGAGAGACUUCUGGAGGACUGAGAGACCUGCUACUGGCCGUGGUAAAGUGUGCUCGGAGCGUCCCAGCCUACUUUGCAGAGACUCUUUACUAUUCGAUGAAGGGUGCAGGAACUGAUGACCAGACCUUAAUCAGAGUGAUGGUGAGUCGUAGUGAGGUGGACAUGUUGGAUAUCAGAGCUGAUUACAGACGCCUCUUCGCCAAGUCUCUGCACUCUGCUAUACAGGGAGAUACCUCUGGUGACUACCGUAAGGCCCUCCUCCUGCUCUGUGGCGGCAAUGACGCGUAACCGUGGCGAUGAUCCCUGAAGGAGCGAUACCCAGAGAGAACCUCCACUCUGACUGGCCCCUCUAGCUGUCAAUCACUCUCUGAGUCCUGUGUAACCCAAUAGGAGAGCUCUGCUGGCCACGGUGCAGCACUGUGAUAGGUUAUGAUAGGUUUAAUCCUGUGUGUAUCUGUAGCUAACAUCCUUAAAGCUUUACUCUGCUUCAUAUCUACAUCACUAAAGUCCUAAUAAUGCUGACAGUCAUGUUUUACUAUCAGUUAUAUAACAACUAAAGACUGGUCAUGUUUUUACUGUUUGUAAGACAAGACUGAAGACAUAAUAAACAUUUUGACAGCA